CAUCAAACAAGUAACCAAAACGAAAGCUAGAGUCUUUAGAGAAGUCAUGUUCCUUUUGAGUAGAGCUAUCAAUGCUUUUCUUACACACCUUAUCGGUGGAGCUAUAUCUGUACGGAGUAGUAAUUAACCGAGACCUGAAAAGGGAGAGCUUGGAGAUCUAUCAACGUAUAGAGUAUAGUAUCCAAACCGAUGUGAACUGGAUAUAAAGGAAGGAUCAAACAUAAUUCAUAAGUAUUACACGUAGAGAAAGAAGGACAAUCGUAAUGGCAUAGGCAGCUAAGUGACAGCUUUAAGUAUUGAUUCGGAUUACACUGAGAUCCAAAGACGAGAUUUGCAUUAAUGUUGUUUGCGGAAGAGGUGAAGUGAAGAAUCGCUCCCACGAUAUGAAGGGUGAUGAAAAAUUCUCAAUAGAUUAAAUGUUAGAAAUGAAAUAAUGUAUCAUCAGUAGUGACAGAUAGUUUCUUUAGAUGGAAGUAAAGAUUAUUAUUGGCUAGAAAAGAUUAUUAAUCAUCGAAGAGGCGAGAUCCUUGCUAAGCGUUUCAAGGAUUACCAAGUUGUUAACAGUUUGGAUCGACUCAGGAACACAGAGCGAAUUAAUACAAUUAUUAAGUGUUGACAUUUUAGAUUAUGUUCCGGAUUGAUUUUGAUCAGUUUGGCGUUUGAGAGAUUGGCGACUACAUCGUUUAGCGCAGAAGUCUCUGCAAACUGUCUAGUUAAGGACGAAUGGAAUUACUUACAGAAAUACACAAUCCCUGGAGAAGUUCAAUGAAUGCUAUUCCCAGAAAGAUCCUUGGGAAAAUCAACGAAUUUGGCAGAGGUUACUUUUGAGUAAAACCACUGGAAAUAAAGAUAAAGAAAAGGGACACACGUUCAAAGUGAUGUGAUACAAACAGAAAAGGACAUUUACCAACAUAUCAGUACGUUUGAUAUGUGAUAUUUGAUUAAAGGAACAUUUAUUUAUUUAGAUAUUUAAUAUAUUUUUGCUCAGGAUGGAAAAUACUACUGAUGUCUUAGAGUUUACAUCGGUUGGUGAUGUUUUUCCAACUGUCGAAUUUCCAUUGAUGGAUACUGAAACAAAUACCAUAACAUGGACUGAAAACAAUUCACACAACAACGAAACUGCAAUUAAUGACAGUACUGCCAACAUUACAAUCUACCCCAUGAUAAAGCAACCAUUGCAUAUGAUUGCGAUUUACUCCACGGCUUAUGCUAUUGUCUUUAUCCUCGCAUUGAUUGGCAACACUCUGGUCGUGUCGCUGGUGUAUAACAAUAAGCGCAUGCACAAUGUCACCAACUAUUUUAUUGUUAAUCUUGCGAUGGCUGACAUUCUUGUAUCGCUCGUUAACCUGCCAAUAACUCUAUUAUCUAACAUAUUCACAGAUUUGGAGCUGUUAUGUGUAAAGCAACGCCCCAUCGCAGUCGACAGGUACCUGGCUAUUUGCUUUACGAUGGAGUAUACAAUCACAAGGCGUAAAGCCCGUUUAAUGAUCCUUUGUAUCUGGACGUGGGCAGUAUGUAUCAUGGCCCCAUGGGCAGUAUUCUACGAACAAGAGAUCUAUAGAACUCCUAAACAGUCAAUACCGAUAUGUUACCAAAAAUGGCCGACUUUCCCGCCAAAUCUCGAGGGAGCAUACUUUGUCGGAGCAAUCUUCGUGACGUGUUACUCUAUCCCGUUAAUACUCAUAACCGUAUGUUAUUCGAUGAUAGGAUUCCGGGUGUGGACACGUAAAGCCCCUGGCGUAUCCAAUACUAGUGGGGUCAUAUAUAAAUCUAAAAUCAAGGUCGUUAAGAUGUUAAUGGUUGUUGUCGUGGUUUUCACGUUCAGCUGGCUCCCGCUGUAUACAAUAACCGUUAGUAAAUAUUACGGCAAGAAAAAUACAAAAGAGAUCCAAAAAAUAGUCAAUACCAUUAUUUACCCCAUUGUCCAAUGGCUAGGUUCGUCAAACAGCUGCGUAAACCCCCUUAUAUACUGCCUCUUUUCUAAACGAUACAGGCGAGGAUUCAAGGUCUUGUUGCUAAAAUGUUUCAAAUCGGACACGGCGAAUUUAAAUUACUCAAGCACAAAUCGUGAAUUGGAUCAGUGCACGCAAAAUGGAUACUGUAACAUUAACAGAAACACGACUUCAACAACGACAAAGACAAGUAGCAUCAAAAGUAAAAUAAGUGUUAAAUUCAAUACUUAUGAAAACGUAAAUGCAAGGAGGUGCCCUACUAAUUUUGUGUAAUAUCAUAAUGUAAAAAAUGUGUGUUCAUAAUAUACGUGCUGAUAAUGAUUUCUAAUAAAAUGAUUGUAACUAAAGUAGACUAGUUGAUACUUUUUUUCACAUUGAUGAACAGUACAGUAAACUCUGUUUGAUCGAAACACCACUGGGGAAGGAUCGGCCAAAAGUUUUGGGAUUGAUUAGCACUAAGCAGGUGUUUUAUUUCUAGGUUUCUAAAAGAUGGGACUAGAAAAAGUG